UGAAGAAGUCUCCAUUACUUACCUUUCCAGGACGAAGCACCCGUGUCAGUGGAGCACAUUGUGCCGUCUGCCAAAUGUCUAACACGGAUGGCUCAACCACCAGUGAACCUGCACCUAAAGGAGAUGGAGAUGCCAUCAAGGUGUUUGUUCGCGUGCGCCCCCCAGCUGAAGCGGACAUGGGCGUGGAUGUGGAACGGAACUGGUGCCUUAGUGUGGACGAGAACAGGAAUGCGGUCAUCAUGAAAGCUAAACCGGAGGCUAAAAUCUUCCUGUUUGACAAUGUGGCAGAUAUCAGUGUAACGCAGGAAGCAGUGUUUUGUACAGUGGGCAAGAAAAUUAUUGAAAGUUGUGUGGAAGGUUACAAUGGAACUAUCUUUGCCUAUGGCCAAACAGGCUCUGGCAAAACCUUCACAAUGUUGGGUCCAUCAGAUGAUGUGGAUAAUUUCCAUCACGAGUUAAGGGGUAUCAUACCAAGAAGUUUUGAAUUUCUGUUUAACCUGAUUAAUAGGGAAAUUGAAAUGCAUGGAGAGAAAAAAGAAUUCCUGUGCAAGUGCUCCUUUCUGGAGAUCUACAAUGAACAGAUAUUUGACCUGCUGGACACAACAUCACCUUGUCUGCAUCUGAGGGAAAGCAUCAAGAAGGGAGUGUAUGUGAGUGGACUGACAGAGCAGGUGGUCACCUCAGCACUGGAGGCCUAUCAGGUUUUACGGUCGGGCUGGCUAAACCGCCGCGUGGCCUCUACAUCCAUGAACAGAGAGAGCUCCAGGAGUCAUGCUGUGUUCACACUGCAGAUAGAAUCUAAGGAGAAGAAGGGUGCCUUACAGAAUGUCCGCUAUUCUCACUUGAACCUUGUUGAUCUGGCUGGCAGCGAGAGACAGAAAGAUACCAAUACUGUGGGAAUAAGACUUAAGGAGGCAGGCAGCAUUAACCGGUCUUUGUCCACUCUGGGCAAUGUCAUCAUGGCCCUCGUCACUUCCACCAGUAAUAAGAGUAAACACGUGCCCUACAGAGAGUCCAAGCUCACCUUCCUUCUCAGGGAUUCCUUAGGGGGAAAUGCUAAAACUCAGCUAAUAGCCUGUGCCCACCCCUCUUCUAAGUGCUUUGGCGAAACAUUGUCUACAUUGCAGUUUGCCAAGAGGGCAAAGAUGAUUAAAAAUAAGGCUGUGGUAAAUGAAGAUAGUCAGGGUAGUGUGAGUCACCUACAGGCUGAGGUGAGGCGUCUGAAGGAGUUACUGGCUCAGUGUCACAGUGGAGCAGUCCCUACUAACCCCUCAGGUAAGUCUUCUCACACACUGAGGACAGACAGUCAGGGUAGUGUGAGUCACCUACAGGCUGAGGUGAGGCGUCUGAAGGAGUUACUGGCUCAGUGUCACAGUGGAGCCAUCCCUACUAACCCCUCAGACAUUUACACUGCCAAACCAGAGCCAAACGCCCAAUCAGCUGAGCUGAAUUUGACGUGGAAACGAAACUUCAUCCAUGCUAUGUAUUUCCGAGAAAAAACUGAGCAAGAAAAAAUGGAAAUUCGGGAACAACUGGCUAAGCUUGAUGAUCUGUGCAAGAAGAAGGAGAAGUUUCUUCAGUCUACCAAGAUGAUUGUCAAGUUCAGAGAAAGUUUUAUAGCAAAACUGGAAAAAGCAGCCAAAUCAGGCUCAGCAGGGGACAUAACCAAUGAUAGAACAGCAGAUUUGCUUGAAGAAGUGAAGAUUUUACGUGAUCAGCUGGAGCACAACCCGGAGUUGAAGCAAUAUGCUAUGGAGAACCAGAGACUAAAGGCAGAAUUGAGGAAGCUGAGGGGUCAGGAGGGUACCUGUCAGCAGGUGGACCCUCAGCGGGCUGAGGAACUGGAGAAAGUGUUCAGGGAACUGCUGGCUGUUCACAGGGGAGGUGAUGGCGAUAAGGACGCUCCCUUGAUACUCAGUACCCCUCAGAGUGGGGAGAACAAUGUGUCCCUGGCCACAGUGGAGAGGUACAAGUCUCAGGUGGAGAAGCUACAGGACGAAAUCACAAACCUGAAGGAAAAACUGCAGACACAGGAAAAUGCUUCCCAGCAGGCUCUGGUGAAAGCUGCAGCAGAAUUGACAUCUUACAAGAAAGCGGUGUCUGAGCUCGAGAAAGUCAUGCAGGCCAGACGACUCCAGAACAAGAUAGACAGAGAGAGUAUGAGUGAUAUUCAUGUACAGACAAUAAAGACAAUCACCACGCCCACAAAGACUUGUUACAGCUUGAGGAAUCGCAAUGUCCUUGCCAAGUUGUCACGGGAAAGCCCUGGAUUUAAUGGCUCUUUCAUCCUGGACCCUGGGGAGGAUAUUCUACCAGAGAGUCAGCCGGCUGAGAUGGCGGAACAGAUGGCCAGUGCUCUCACUGAUGAGAUCAAAUCUCUACAGGACAACAACAACAGUCUUGUACAGCGUGUGGAGGAACAUGAAGGAGAAAUGAUCAAACUCCAGCAGACCCUGAGUAAACUGGAGAAUGAAAACGAGCAGCUGAAUGAGAUUCUGUCAACGGAGCGAAGUGAAUGGGCAAGAAAAGAAGAAGAGCUGGUAAACCGAUCAGAGACUAUUGCAGAAGAGCUGAAGAAAGCCAACGAACUGGCCAGAAUUUCCAAGGAAGAGUCUGUAGAUCUGGGUGUGAUGUUGCGCUCUGUAGACAAAGAGCUGGCCGAGCUGAAGUCCAAGAGUAAAGAAAACAUUGAGUCCAGAGACAAAGACAUGUCCGUUUUGGAAACAAAAGUACUUCAGGUGGAGAUGGAGUUAUCCAAACUUCAACAGGAGAAUGUCAAACUGACAGAAGAGAAGACAAUGUUACAGGAAGCGUUUGAUAAUGCCCAGACCACAAUCAGUUUCCACGAGAGUGAGAUCCAGGACUUGGAAGGUCUGCUUCACAGUGAGAGGAAGGAGUUGAAAACUGUACAGACGGAACUGGAGUCAACAUAUGGGAAGCUUGUUGUGGAGAAGGAAAAAGUGACACAGCUUCAGAGUCAGAUGCAAAAUGAUGGAAAAGAGCAGGAGGCUGUCGCUUUGAGGUUGAUGGAAGAUAUAUCCAGUCUCCAGGCACAGAAGUCUAAUAUACAGAACAUGUUUGAUGCUCAGUCACAGUCUUUGUCACUGCUCAGCAAGGAGCUGGAAAGUACACGAGUCACAAUUUCCACUCAGGAGAAACAACUCCUAGACAAUGCGGAGGCCAUGAGAGGAAUGAUGGGUAAGAUACAGGAGCUGAAGGACAACUGGAAUAUUGACAAAGAAGUGAUUAUGUCAUUGGAAGCUGAGGUGGAGAGUAAAGGUCACGAGGUCAUGACAUUACAGCAGUUGUCUGAUGACCAGAAGGUCAAGAUUGACAACCUCAGAGUUCAGCUCAAUGAGCUGGCAGAGCAGAAGGAACAGAAAGUCAGUGCUCAUAAUGUAGAGGUAAGCAUGCUGAGAGAUGAGCUGGAGUGUGCCAUGGAGAGCUAUGAGAAACUACAGGAGGAGCUCAAUACCAGACAGCGCAUCGUCGAGGAGACUCAGGCUGAAUCAGAUAAGAUAUCAGAAGAACUUUGCAAAGCCAAGACACAGGUGUUGACCUUGACAGAAGAAAUGGAGACGAUAAGAUGUGAAUUCAGGCAGCGACUGGAAGAGAUUUCCAAGCCUGUACAGCCCGACACAGAUCUUUGUGAACUCAUCAAUACCCAGCUGGAGGAGAUCGCCAGAUAUCCUUUGGAAAAGAUUGCACAUGAGACCCAGGAGAGCUUUGAACGACUGUUGGAGGACCUUGAAGCAUCAAGAACAGAGAAAAAUGAAGAGAUCAACUCCCUAAAGGCUCAGUUGACCCAGGCACUGGUGUAUAAAACCGAGGCGGACACAUGGAUGUCCAAGUUUAGAUGUGUGGAGGAGGAAUUGGACGGUUUGAAGAGUUCAUCUGAGCACAGAGAACAAGAGUUACUGGCACAGGUACAGAAGGCUAAGUCAGAACUGCAGUCUAACCUGCAGGCGGUGUGUGAUGCUAAGGACCGUAUGUCAUCACUGACCCAGGAGAAUGAUGAACUACAGUUAGAACUGGCCAAAGCUCAGCUCAGUGUGGAUGACCUCCAGGGAGAUGUGGACAGACUGCAGUGUUUAGCAGCUAAAGAUCAUUGUGAUAAAGAGGAGCUUCAGUCACAGCUGGAUACCAUGCAGGCAGAACAUAACAGGCAGAGCAAAGAAAUGGCAGAGUUACAGGAGAGGCUGAAGACUGUGGAAGAUGAACAUGCCAGACUUGUAGGACACCAGAAUCACAAACAGAAAAUCCAGUUCCACCUAGCACUGAAAGAGGAAAACAACAACCUGAGAGAGCAAGUGUCAAGGCUUUCAUCGGAGCUGGCCAGGUUUAAAAGUCAUCGCAGCUACGGGAUGGAGUCAGUGUUACGAGAGAACAUCAACCCAGCAAAGAGAACACCGGGAAAGUCUGGCUCCCACCAAGGCAAACAUGGCCACAGCAAGUCCCACAUUACACCCUCCAAGUCUACAGGGGUCAAGUCACACAUUACACCAUCCAAGGCUACAGAGGUCAAGUCCCACAUCACACCCUCCAAGGCAGUGGGUGUUAAGUCCGAAACACCCUCCAAACCUGUGUAACUCUCUACACAGGAUGACUUUUCAUACGUUUCCUGGAAACAAAUGUUUUCAAAGAUUCACAGAUACAAAACCCCAUCUCUAACUUUUAUCAUGAUCCACAUUUUCACUCAUAAUGUACAUAUCUGUAUGUCUACUCUUCCAGUGAAAGUGUUAGACAGAGUUAAUCUGUGAGAUUAAAACAAGUUUAGCUGGUCAAGUGAACCAUCCGUGACAAAUGACCAUUCUGUACUGGAUAUAAUGUAAAAUCAUAUUGAGUUUCCUCUCCAGCUGUGCGUAGGAGGGCAUGUCGACAUCCUGUGGAUGGUCGUGGGUUUCCCUGGGGCUCUGGACAUUUUCUUUCCACCAAAAUGCUUGCUGCCAUCGUAUAAGUGAAAUAUUCUUAAGUGCAGCGUAAAACACAAAUCAAAUAACUAAAUAAAAUUGAGUUGAAAAAAAAUAAAAGAUUUAUUUAAAGGAGAAGAAAAUUUAAGUAUCAAUCAAAUACCAUUGAAAAGCGUAUGUAUUUCCUCGCAGGUGCAUGCCAUAAAAAAUUCUAAUGUACCUCAAGUUGAUGAAUUAAAAAUAAAGUCAGCACCAAAAUCCGAUGUGGGCGACUCCAUUUUGUCUAAGAACUAGUCCUGCAGUCUUCUGUGUGAGGAGGAGAAUUGCUGUCGGAAACCGCCGAAGUGCAGUUCGUACAUUUCCGGCAGAACUCUUCUUCCCAGAAGGUUGCGAACAGUACAGUUCGUUUUCCGCUUGACGAUCGGGAAGCCAGCUUUGCCGUUUUCAGGCUUUACGUGUAUGGCGAGGAAAAGUCACAAAAUUAUGCAGCAGGCACCACCAGAUAGAAAAAAAUGUGCUCUUUUCAGCCUAUAGUGUCAUGUUUUAAAGUUUUCUUCUCCUUUAAUAGAGCACUGUGUCUGUUUGUCUGGUAAGGGGUAUAUAAUGUUGUCCUGUUUGAAAAGCCAUUCACACAAUACUAGUAAAUGGUUAAUAAAUUUGCAGUUUUGUGGGUAUGCAAUUUACCUUUCUAUCCAUCAUUAUUGCAAUGCACAAUUAUUCAUUGUUUGGUCUCAAAACCUUUGUACAAGUUUACGAUCUCAUAUACACCAGAUUUAACCAGACUUAGUUGAGGAAUUAUUUUUUGCUGUGAAAGGGGGGAGGGGGGUAUAUUUAAGCACCUGAAAAAAAUUUUUGUUUAAAUUUAAAGCCCAACAACUUAUAUUUUGAUGAAGUGAAAUCUUGUACUACAUAACUUUACCAAAUCUGCCACACACAAAUAAUACAGGUAUAUCAUACAAUGAAUUUUUUUUUAUUGUACAGAAAAAAUUAUUGUACCAAAUUUUAGAACCAUAUAAGGUGUUCAUGUAAUUGUACUAUCAUGUUGAUAAAAGCUACCAGAAAGUGUGUAGUUGCAGUUGUAACCACUCAUUGUGUCCUGUCUACAUG